ACGGGCUCAAGCCUUGUCGCUGCUGUGGGCAAUAAUAAUUAUUGAUAUUAUAAAUAAAAAGUUGAAGUAAUCCAUUAAAUAUAGUUAAAAUUGUAGAGUGAAGCUUAAUAUAGUGAAUUCAGUGUUUGUAAAUAGUGAAGAUCGGAAUUAUUUUGUGAGAAUUUCUAUUCAUUCCAAUAUAUGUCCAAUGACGUCAUAGUGAGUCAUCGCGAUGCUUCGAUCUAUAGUCACGACCUGCGCUCGCGCAGUCCACCGGUGACGUUACUUUGUAUGUUCUGGUGUGACGAGCGGCAUUAAGGAGAAUGGCCCGGUUGCUUGGGAUGUGGUCUCGUGCACUUAACCGGCGGCCUUUGCUAACCAACGUUGCUACCUACGCGACCUUCUACGCGGCAGCUGAAAUGUCCCAACAGACUUUUAAUAAAUUCUACACGUCAGAAAAACCCGACAUAGACUGGGCGAGUGGUGCUAAAACAGUGCUCGUGGGCAGUUGCAUCUACCCCCCAACAUUGUACGCGUGGUAUAAAUUUCUAGAUAGAAAAAUUCCUGGAGCAAGUAUAAAAGCUGUUAUUGCCAAGGUGGUGUCCGACCAGUUUUGUAUGACGCCUAUAUUGUUAGCGUCUUUCUUUAUUUUAAUUAGUGUUCUAGAGGGUAAGAACGUACAAGAUGAGCUUCAAGCCAAAUAUAAGACAGCAUUUAUAGCAAAUCAAAUAUUUUGGGUACCGGGGCAGACGAUAAAUUUUCUUUUUGUGCCCGGGCAUUUAAGGGUCGCAUACAUUUCUAUUGUAUCUUUCCUUUGGAUCAAUGUAUUAUGUUUUAUUAAGAGACAGAAGAUAGAAAAGCAAGAGGAAACGACUAACGGAAAGUAGGAAAGAAGUAAUUAAGUACAAAAUAAAGAUGUACGAGUAAAUAAAAUUGGUGGAAUCUUUGAUCAUGAAAAGUACUGGUGGAUCACAAUUUUACUUGGUUGGAUUUUAACGCCAGUCUGCAAUUUUAUUUCAUUGAAUUCGCCGCCAUAAGACAUGUUUUUUAAUAUUAUUAGUUUAAAUGCUCAAACGAAAUGUUUUCAUGUACUAAGAAAGUGUCUGAAAUGAUACAAUUGUGAAAAGAGCAAUGGCGAAUCUUCGUCCGUCUAUUGUAACGGCAAAUGGCAAACAAAACUUCGGUAAAAUUAUAGUCGGCGAAAAGUUUGCAAACUAUUACAUUUUUAUGUGCAAUG